AUGUGGCGGUGCUGGAACCUCUCUCUGCCCAUCACGGCGCGUGUGGUAGGCCCUAGUGCACGGCUCCCAGUGGCCGCGUCGUCGUCGCUCCUUACCCAGCACCGCGGCGUCUUCGCCGAUAAGGUGCGCGCUGGUAUGGUGUUGCGCUUGGAUAAGAGGGUGUACCGUGUCGUGGCCAACACGCGCUCGCAGAAGGGCCAGAACGCCGCCUCCUUCAACAUCAAGCUCACGGAGGUGGGCACGAGUCGAAAGAAGGAGGUGACGGCUGGUCAAGGGCACGACUUUACGGAGGUGCGUGCGGAGCGUGUUCGCCUUCUCUUCAGCGGCUUCGACGACGACGACUUCGCCUGCUUUGUUUUCCCGGCGCACAGCCCAGACGCAGGCAAGGAAGUGAAUAUCCCAGGCGACUCGCUACCAGAGGUGCAGCAGAAGUUCUUGGCGUGUGCGAUGCCGGUGGACAUUCUGCACAUCAUCCCGGACGACGACGCCGCCGAGAAGGAGAUGUGGACGGAGAUCACGAUGCCGAGCAGCUACGUGUACACCGUGGAGAAGAUCACACUGAAGGGGCUCUACAAGAUGGCGACCUUUGUGGAGUGCGACGGCACCGUCAGUGUGAAUGACCAGAUUCAGCUGGGGGAAAAGAUCAAGGUCGUGAUUAAGCCGGACGGCACCGUGUCGUUUGGCGGGCGCGCGAACGCAUAA